UUUCACUUUCGUUUUGAUACUGGUCAGUCCACAGACAUGUUUCUACAAAACUUUACUUUGUAUUUGUCAGGAUUUCUGGAUUUGUUUGGAGUGAGCAUGAUUUUUCCAUUGCUGUCAACACAUGUGAGAGACCUGGGAGCAUCAUCUACAUUGGUUGGUACUAUAGGUUCUAUUUAUGGAGGAAUACAAUUACUUUCCAGUCCACUUGUAGGAAGAUGGAGUGAUGUGUCUGGUAGAAGAUUCUGUUUAUUAUGGUGUUUAUUGUUUUAGGGAAGAUGGAGUGAUGUGUUUAGAAGGCGAUUCAGUUUAUUAUGGUUUUUAAUGUUUAAGGGAAG